CAAAAUCCUUAUGCAGUGCGUGAGGAUGUCAAGUGUCACAAUGUAAUGUGACUGUUAUAACAGCAGGAACACUGUAGUGGCUGUCAGGAAGAAAAUGUCUACUAGCCAUUAAUGUUUUACAUUGCAGGACAAAACUGACAAUGAGAUGAUGUUCUGGGUGCCUAUAGUGGUCCUUUUAAACCUUUUUGUUUCAUAAAAAUAAAGGAAACCUAUACAUACAGACAGUAUUUCUCACACUAUUUUGAUGUAAUAAAGCUAUGCUUUUAAGAUGGCUUUAGAACAGAGUUACAUCAGUCACUACUUAUUCCUAUAUUACCCCAGGAAGAGCAAGACACUUUUACUGUGAUAUAUGUGUGAGUGCAUGGGAGGGAAUAGGAGGAAUCUCCUGCUCUCACUGUCACUAAUUGGCAUAGACGUGGCAUAUCUGGUGGAUAAAGCACAAUAUGGAAAUAUGCUUUGAAGGAACACUAUAGUGUCAAGAAUACAAACGUGUAUUUCUGACACUAUAGUCAGGGAGUGGCUGCUUAGGUGAGAGACACCCCCUCCAAUUGCAGUAAAAGUGAUUUUACUCACAUUUUCUCCCACGCUGCACCAGUCUUGCAUCAGCAGGCCGCUUCACAAUAUCCAUCUACUCAGAGAUACGGUUAAACAAUGCAUCUCUAUGGGGAACGUUCAGCAUUUCCAUGCAGACCGUGGAGACACUGAAUGAGUGUGCAGCACUGAACUUAGAAGGACCUCUAGUGGGCGUCUAAGUGAUUGCCACUUUACAAUUGUUCGUAGGCAUCAAUGUAAACCUUUUCUCUGAGAGCCUGCAGGGACAGGCUAUAGCCGCCAGAACCACUACAUUAAGCUGUGGUGGUUCAGGUGACUAUAGCCUGUCCCUUUAAUUAUUCCUAAUUUUCAUCUCCGACACAUUUUAUGUAGUCUUACAAAUCAAAAGUGAUACACAGAAGACACAGUGAGCAAAGUAAGGCAUUAGUUAUUAAUGUUAUGGAUUCUGCCAAUCAAUGCUGUUUAUUACAAAUUGGAGCUAAAUGUUUUAAAAUACUUUCAAGUUUAUAUUAUGUGGAUGAAUUAGGAACUUUUUGCUUGACGUGUUACUUGACAUAGACCGAUUCAUUUUAGGAGCUGGAGCAGAUUUUGUGAUGCUAGGAGGCAUGAUGGCUGGGCACACAGAGUCCGGAGGUGAAACCAUAGAGAAGAAUGGGAAAAAAUAUAAACUGUUCUAUGGUAUGAGUUCAGAGACAGCUAUGAAGAGGCAUGCAGGAGGAGUGGCUGAGUACAGGUAAUGAUAUUGUUCAAAUAUCCGGUUUAUUUUCAGAUCUCUAAAGUGAGAAUUCAAAGGUAAUUUAAGUAGAGAAUGUUUCUUGUUUGGCUAACUUGACCUUAAAUUUUCAAUUCACUUUGAAUUAUCACUUUAGUAAUUGUUUUAUAUCCCAAGACGCACUGACAUUUAACUGCAUAUCUUCAACAUUUAUCUAAAAAGUAAUCUUUCUUGUAGAGCUUCCGAGGGGAAAACAGUAGAAGUUCCAUACCGAGGAGAUGUGGAAGAAACAGUUCGAGAUAUACUCGGUGGGAUUCGUUCUACUUGCACAUAUGUUGGUGCUGCAAAACUGAAAGAGCUGAGUCGUAGAACAACAUUCAUUAGAGUGACUCAGCAACUGAACCCAGUAUUUAACAACCCCUAAAAAUGACAGCCUUAAGACAUAUAUACUCAAUUUCAUAAAAUAUUGCCAUUCCAUUUAAAGAAAUACUAUAGCGUUAGGUAUACAAGCCUGCAUUCCUUACACUAGAUGUAGUGUUCUCAUCACUAGUUAGAUGCCGUCACCGCUCAUUAAAACAUAGUGAAAACUUUUUUUUUUUUUUAACUUUCUUCCCAGUGUGAUUUCCUGACUUCGUCCAAUUCAGUGCCCUUGUUUGGGGUAAGAUGCAUGUACCUCGCUCAUCCAAUCAAAAUCUUCUCAUGGGGAAGCAUUGAACCAAAGUGUCCUUUUGUUGCGCCUUCACCAACAAUGAUAUCCCAGGUUCUUAGAAUCAUGUAUACAAAAUUAAUUGUAAUAAUAUAUACACCUCAAAGGAAUACCCCAGGGGGGGGGAUAAGGGGGGAUGGCACCAAGGCCCUCUUGGCUCCAAAAACACAACAAGCUGUAGUGGUUUUGGUGUCUGGAGUGUUCUUUUAAAGCUAACUUCUAAAGUGCCAUUUGUGCUUCUCCAAGUACUACUAGGAAUGCAAACUACCUAAACCUAGGACUGCAUUAAAAUACUCAGAAGCUAGUGAAAAAAUGAAUAGGCAUAUUCAUUUAACAGACAUGCACUGAUUUUACUCAAGAGUUUGUAACGCAGCUAUUUUUCGCUACAGAUGGCAGGGCAGACGUAGCGAAGUUAAGUAUGAACUCAAUGGUGAGCUUCUACAAUUAAACAAACAUGGAACUUGCUGUUAAGUGUUUAAACUCAGCAUGUGGUGACAUGACCACACUGGGACACUGAACUAUUUCUAACUCCGGUUCGCUCCCACUUGCAUGUUUUAAAAUAUUCACGGUUUUAGUUGCUGCCUCUCACUUCUUAUAAUACAUAUCAAAAUCCACCACACUUUGUGCAUUCCAGUGUUAGGACCAAAAGCUGUUGUUUUUUUUUGUUGCAUUUCAGUGUAUGGGAUUAUUUUGAAUAAAACAGUCAUUUUAACUAUAUAUAUUAUGUUUAGUUGAAUUAUUAUGUAUGAAUCUUCUUUGUCACUUAUCCCUCCUAGAGCUAGUAAUGUGAUUCAAAACCUUUAUCUUCAACAUUUUCUUCUUCUUCUUCAUAUAGGAUGUAAAUUAAUUACAGGAAUAACCAGUAUGUCAUCUGGCCAAAUGAGAUUCUACAAACAGAAAAGAUGUAUGUGUUAGUAUGUCACCCGGAAACUUGCCAGGUUGCACCAUAGUGGAAUUCAUAAACAUUCAUUUCGGUACAGCCCGGCCUACUUUCUUAACCAGGGCAAUCACUAUCUGCCUAAGACAACCCUACUACUUUCCAUAGAAGGAGUAACUAAGAGACCUCUUGGUAAAAAAAACAUGCAAGUCACCAGAUUAGUGCAAACAAAAGCAGUGAUAGAUAUUUUUUCAGUUUAAACCAACACUAUCUUCCAUCAAACUGUAUUCUGUAUAUUUGUGUAGAAUGCUCUAGGCGGU